GUUAUUCGUUGCGUUCGUUUGCUCCGGGUGGCUCUCCGCUAUCCAGUGGGGUCUCGUCAGGGCAGCUGGUCCGCCUAAACCCUGCUUGGCCAGAAACCGGGCGCAAAGACAGCUCUUUGCCCUGGGACGGUGCAGGGUCGUAAUGGGCCGCUGUCCCUCCCUCAAAGAGCCAAGGUCUGAGCUGGAGCCCUCCGACUCGGCCAAAAGUAGCUUUUGAUUGGGAGUCGGUCUCCCCCUUACAAGCCUCGGCUGAGCAAGAGAGGGGGCUUCUUGGGGUGGCAGGACGGACGUAGGCGUCAGAAGGGGCACGGGAGCCCGGGGGCCGCUCCCUACCCCGGAGACCCACAGACUCGUGGGGUUGGUUUUUCCAGCUGGCAAGCGGCCUGGGCGGCAGAGGCUCCUCCCUCUGCCCUGCCUCCCCCCUCCAGUAUAUAAGAGCUCUGGCAUAUGCUCCGGACUGGCCAGACGCUCGGGGAGCAGCUGGAGGGAGGGACGGCAAGGGGGGCCAGAGGCCGCGGGGCCGAGGCCGGGAUGGGUCUGACUGCCGACGCCCGGAGGAGAGCCGAGGGGGACACCUUAAAAUACUUCGUGGAGGAUCCCGGCACCGGGACGCUUUACAAGCGAGGACAGCUUUUGGGACAGGGAGCAUUCGGACAAUGCUAUAAAUUUACGGACACAUCCACCAACAGAGUCUAUGCUGUGAAGGUGCUCCCUCAACAGCGAGUCACAAGGCUGGGAAACCGAGGAAAGGUUCAACGCGAGAUCGAGCUGCACAGCCAGCUUCACCACAGGAACAUAGUGGGGUUCCACCAACAUUUUGCUGACCAGGAGAACAUCUACCUGGUGCUGGAAUACUGCAGUAGGAAGGUCCGGAGAACGCUGACGGAGCCAGAGGUACGGUUUUACCUGAAGCAAAUCACAAGUGGCCUGCAGUACCUCCACCAGCAAGGGAUCAUCCACCGUGACCUCAAACUGAGCAAUGUGUUCAUCACCGAAUGCAUGCAGGUAAAGAUUGGCGACCUGGGCCUGGCAACGCGGGAGGACCGGGCGUGCCCGAAGAGAGGGGUGGUCUGUGGGACCCCCAAUUACCUGGCCCCCGAAGUCAUAGCUAAGAAGGGGCACUCCUUCAAGUCAGAUAUUUGGGCCCUGGGCUGCAUCAUGUACACUGCCCUUGCUGGCUUCCCACCCUUCGAAAUCACACACAAGCAGAAGUUGUUCCAGAGGAUCCGAGAGGGGUGCUACCCCCUUCCCGGCCACUUCUCCCCAGCUGCCCGCAGCCUGAUUGGGAGGCUGCUGGCCCCUGACCCGUCUGGCCGCCCUAGCCUGGAAGAAGUACUUGGCCACCCCUUCUUCACCCAGCACUUCAUCCCGGCCAGGCUCCCCUCUCGAGCUUCUCGUUCUGCCCCCAUUUUUCCUUUUGCCAACCCGCUUGGAAAAUUCUUCCAGAAAGCAGCCAUGCUCCUUUUCCGGGGCACCCCUCGCCAAGACCCCCAGGCUGUCAGUCCUGCACCCCAAGAACAGGAGGAGAUGCCACAGCUGCAAGAAGAGGGACCUGUUGCCCCUCUCCACUUGAUCCUGAAGAAAGAAGCCAAAGAGGGGAGCAUUGACCCCAUGGAGGAGCCCAGCUGCCUUUCCCCCCAAUUGCUCCGAAGAGGGUCCCUGCGCAGCCGGCUGCCCGAAGAUGCCGCUUGGGGCCCCAGUAAAGUGCUGGGGAGUGUAGACCGAAGGCUGUGCCGCUGCUUGCAGAUGACCCCCCUGGUGAAAGAGCUGCCCGAAGGCCUGUGCAGUGCCCGUCCUGCCCACAUGGCCACCAAGUGGGUGGACUACUCCAAUAAGUAUGGGUUUGGCUACCUGCUAUCCGAUGGCUCAACUGCGGUGCUGCUCCCCGAUGGGACCCACAUGGCCUUUUGCCCCCAGCACCAGCGCAUCUGCUACUGCAGUGAGGUGGAGAAGUCCGUGUCCUUUGGGUGGCGAGAGGUGCCACUUUGCUUGGCCACAAAGAGGCGCGUCCUUCACUUCUUCACUCAGUAUAUGCAGAGGUGGCUGCAGGAGGGCGGCCCAUGCCAGACCAGCCCCAGCAGACCACUGAGGGCCCUUUCCCUCCUGCAUUUUGCAAAAUCCGACAAAGCCCUCCUGAUGCUCUUCAGUGAUGGCACCCUCCAGGUGAAUUUCUACCAUGACCGCACCAAGAUUGUGCUCAGCCGCUCGGCCGAGGGAGUGGACCUCUUGACCUUCGUGGACUGCCAACAUUGCAGCACCACCUUUCCUCUGGGCACCCUGGCACGGCAGGGCUGGACGCUGCCCCUGCGCGAACAGGUGCAAUAUGCCCUGCACUUGCUGCACUGCCUCUAGCAGAUGGUCCCCUCCCCACCCCCACCCCAGCCCAAUUGGCCAGCCAGAGUCCAGCUCUUCUGACCACGACUGCCACUGGAGGGCCUGGGUGUCCUGGAGGCGGCCUUUAUGACUCACCUUCCUUCCAGGGACCCCAGAUGGCGCAUGUAGGCCUCCCACAACAACCCUCCUGCGGGGCAGGCCAGCUGAGAGAGGAGCUCUGGCCUCAAUUCCCAGGCAGCAUCUGGGGCAAAAGGGGGGCAGAGGCUGGGUCUCCCUCUUCUAUACCAGCAUCUUCACCCCAAGGGUCUCCAGAUGGGAAUGGUGCCUUACCCCCCUGGAACAGGCUGGGAAAGGGUGCAGCCCAGUGGUCUCUUCAGCUGUUGUGGGGAGGCUCUGCAAGCACAGUGGGGUGGGGAGGCCAUGCAGGUCAGACUUAUGGCUGCUGGAGGACAGAGUCCAAAUGGGUGGGGGCUUGGAGGGGGCUGCUUGGCU